AAAAACUAGAGGCAGCAUUCAAGUCAAGCGGAAAGCCUUUCUUACCACCAUACUGGUCACUAGGUUUUCAUCUUUGUAAAUAUGGUUAUGGAACUUUAGAAAAGACUAAAGCCGUUUGGCAGAAAACAAGAGAUGCCUUAAUUCCCUUUGAUACUCAAUGGAACGAUUUGGACUACAUGGAUAACAACAACGAUUUCACCUACGAUAAAACUAAAUUCAAAGAUCUUCCAAAUUUCAUUCAAGAAAUCCAUGAUGCUGGAAUGCAUUACAUUCCAUUAAUUGAUGCUGGCGAGAAUGAGAAGAAUGGCACGUACAUUCCGUAUGAUGAAGGCGUCAAACGGGGCAUAUUCAUAUUCGAUAGAGAAAGCAAUGAACCAUUUAAAGGAAAAGUAUGGAAUACAGUAUCUACUACUUGGCCCGACUUCAGGAACCCAGAAACAUCUUCUUAUUAUACAGACAUGAUGAGCAAUAUACACAAAGAUUUUGAAUAUGAUGGUGCAUGGAUAGACAUGAAUGAACCGUCCAACUUCUAUAAUGGCCAUAUUAACGGCUGCAAGGCAACUUCCCUUGACAAUCCUCCAUAUUUACCUAAUGUCAAUGGUAAUCUAUUAGCAAGAAAAACCGUUUGCAUGAACGCCAAACAGCAUUUGGGUAAUCAUUAUGAUCUUCACAACGUUUAUGGUACUAGUCAAGCAGUGGUUGUUAAUCAAACAACGUAUGCAGACUCUUGAUAAGGAAUUCAAAGCUCUGGAAGACGAAUACAGGAAAGUGAUGAGAAGGUCAAGGUCUCUCAAGACUUGAACUAACAAUUCAAAGAGCAAUGUCGAGUUGCU